CCGAAUUCGCUAUAAGUUUAAUGUGAUAAAAAAGUGCAAUAAAAAUGGAUUACUAACAACAUUCUACAUUACGUGGCAUCGAUGAGAGGAAGCUUAAUUGAGAAAGAUUUCAACAAACAUGGUUAGGAUUCCUUCAUAUUUUCUUUAGUACCUUAUUCCAUAGUGACAAGAAGAAACGCUAGAUGGUGCUUCUUCGAUAUCUCGAACUCAUCGACUAUGGAUAAUAGAAAUUAAACGAAAAUGAAAGAUGUCCAAAUCAAAAUCUUUUGCGUGAUAUGUUGAAAUUUGUGUAGCACGUAAUGACGGGAAAACAGCAGUUCGUGUUACAUUUAACAAUACGAAAAUGAUGUUUGACGCGCAUACUAUUGCCGCCGAAAGGCGAACGUUCAGUGCGUGAUAUAUUGUAAAACAUGGCCGCAUUCUUCGAGAAUCCGUUGUUCCUUUUCGUCGACGAGGCAGAGCCGAUUCUUCCAGUUUUUCGAUCUCCCGAAUACAGUGACUCAGGAAGAAAGAUCGUGGAGUUAGCAGAUGUCGCCUGCGAUACGGAAACGACAUUUCCCAUACAUUUUCUACAUAGCAAAUUCAAUCAGCAACGUAGAGGAACCGACGGCUUUGAAUCGGCUCGCAGAAUCACUAAAGGGCGCAAUGAAAGAUCGACAAAUUUCUCCGCCCGUACAGCUACAAUUCUAGAUGACUUUGAAAGUAGAAAGGAGAAAUACAUGGAAAGUAAACCGUGGCGAAAUGAUCGAAAUGAUGUAUACUCCGCCGAUCUGGAUUACAAUUCGUGUUCUGACGACUUCUACGAUGACUGGGAAUUCUCGAACGACGCCGCCGGAUAUAAUGAUUACUAUACCGAUUUCGUUACGCCUCAAAAUAUGAUCGAACGUUCCCGGAAGGAACGUCCGUCUCAGAAUGUACGAUAUUCGAGGAAUUAUGAAGUUCCAUUCUCACGAGGUAAUCGUGCAUCUCGAGAGCGCAAUGAUCGUGCUUAUUAUCAAAGGGUGAACACUUGUCCGUUGUGGUUCGUCAACGGCGACGAGAGAAACCCUUAUGAAACUCGUAAUACUGACGGUCGAUCGAGACGAUUGCCAUUGAGCGAGCAUAGGAAACGCAUGAAACUUUUUCCGGGAGCCGACGGUUUCAAUCAUGACGCGGGAAGCAAAAGAAACCGCGUAGGACCCAAACGGCGAGAACGAGAAGAUGCUUCUUUUGACUAUGUCAAUUCUAUUAGAUUUUCAAAAAAUGACGACUGGCAUUUCACUUCAUUGGAGAAUGAGCAAAAUUAUGAGGAAUUAAUGUCUUCAAAUUCGGCAGCGGUGAAUAAUCACAGACAUUUACAGGAAGUAAUGUCUCAGAAUCUUAACUUGCAGCAGACUCGCGUGAACGUUAUGAACUCGGAAAACAGUGAAUUUACGAAAACGCGCGAGAAAAAUAGUUUUUCAAAAAAUCCGAUUAAAGGCGCGAAGUAUCAAGUUUUGAAAAACGACGCGACGAUAGAAAAGACCUUCCAGCCAAAUUUGCGCGAUACAAAUACUCCUCGCGUUCGAUCGGCGGGGGUAACCACCGAUCAACGGUUAUUAAACAUGCGCUUCAUGGAAAAAGCCGCGACAAAUGUGAAUUUACGUUCGACGGUUGAAGAGAGAAAGAACGACGUGAGCUGUGCGACAUCGACGGAGAGAAGGGCGGAAAGUGCAAAUUCGACUCCCGACAAUCGUCGACAUCGCGGCAAUUCCGGCAAUGCUCAGGUUAGGCCCUGCAAUAAACCUCUCAAUGAGACUGGAUGUUCAGCCAAAAGCAUGUUCAAGCUCGCCGCGGCGAGAAACAAUGGACGCACAUGCGGAAGAAAUAACGUUGGCUCUCGCAUCGGAAGUGCCAAUAAGAGUAGCGAAAUCGAUCGAGCCAACCGAACAGUCCUAUCGCGAUCUGCGCCCGAGGAGGUAAUCGAGAACGCAGGAGCAUCCAUCUCGGAAUUACCAUCUAUUUCCCCGCGCGCAGAGGCGGAGAAGACAAAGAUCUCCAGGUUGCCCGUGAGAACUUGGAAACGCGUGCGAACGAGAGGACCCGCCACGUUGCAUCUCGAGAGCGGGACAACGAGCGGAGCUGUUGGUGAAAAGUUCCAGGACGUGGAUGUCGUCCUCGAAAGCGCGCAGCUGAACAAGCCAAAGGGCGCGGAGGACGACGAAGCGCUCUUCGUCGAGGUAAUGGCGAGAGAUCGCGCGAGCGGACGGCGCGACGAUCUAAAGCCGAAGGAACAUUACAAAACGGGGGAAUCACACGUCGCCGAUAAGCCGGGCUCGGCCCUCGGCGAUUUGAAAGGUUUAAAGGGGACCAAGAGUUUGAACAAGGGGACGCCCCAGCAGCGAAGGAAGAGGACGAAUUAGCCGAAUAUGACCGGUGCGGGUUGUCUUCCACAUAAUGAAUAUUGCUGGAAUGCUGCUGUUGUAAAUUCUACGUACUAUAGACAAUUUUCCAGCAAGUAUAAAAACAGCAAUAAGCUCUACCUGGACCAGCAAAACAUUGUUUUGAGUGAUUAGUGCCUAGUCAUUGGGAGCAAGACCUUGCCUUAUACGUACACACUGUGUUGCGCGUUGGCACAAUCUUUUGAUUUGCUCCUCGCGAGCGUAGGGGACAAGAAAUAAAGCAUAGCAACAGAAACACUCACUCGGCGAGCGGACGGUCACUCUUUGCGCUCGGUAUCGUUUCCACGUGUCGGCCGAGUGGAAAACGUUCUCGGAGAAUCCCGAGCGGCUCGAGGACACGUAACCGCGCGUAGAACGAGACGUGCAUAAUUGUGUCUCGAUGUAAUGGGGCUACACGAUGGGUCACCUCAAAAGAAGACCCCCGAAUGAUACCAAUUAUGCCAUCAACGCACCAUGCCGUCUCCCCCGUGCGCUUCUGUCACAGCACAGUCACUUCGCCCGCAUGUCAACCCCCGCUUGCGUAAGCACCCUAUGUGUAGCACGGGUAUAAUACGCCGCGGUUCUCGCUGGGGUCUGGCGCGAUCUCAGGAUCAGAGGGAAAAUAUGUAAUUGUCCGUAUUUACCCUUGCACCCGGCACGUACUCAAACAACAACACGAAAGCCCGCGACACCGACUGUCGCGUCCGGCGAGGUCGAUUUAAUCCCGACGGCUUCUCUGCGGACUCCGGCGCGAAGGAGACAGGAUGGAACUCGCCGAGUUUGCAAUAGUUCACUCUCUCGUUGGCGAUCUCACUUUUAUUGUAUUCCAUCCAUCGUGUCUAUUUUUGUCGUCAAGAGGCAAACGGAGAGAGAAAAAGAGAGAGAGAGAGACGGAAAGAUAAGAAAACAAGGAGACAACGGCAAAGACCGCUGAGCCGAAAAACGGAAAGCGACGACAAGAGAAGCACAAAAAGGAGGCGAGUCGAGCCGCAGCCGAGCUGCCUCCCAGCUGGAGGCGGAUAAUCAAAUAACCUGCACGCACCGUAUAAAUUAUCAAUCAGGGCGCGAUUGUGCAACCCCAACAGAGGGAGCCAUCCGUGUCGGUAAGGGUUGUUACACAUUGACAUCGCGGAGCGGCGCCGGGAGGCAGGGGGCGGAUUGUGUGCGACCUCGUCGUGCCGAGUGACCCCGCAACAGUUAUCUUCCCUUCGUGCGUGGGCGUUCGUGAACGUGAGUUCACGCCCCCGGCUUCGGGGGGACAAACGACGACGCGUGCAAGCGAGCAGACGAGGGAGGCAGGCGAGGGAGGAUCGCACGUCCGUGAGUAAGUUCCGCGGUUACUAUAAUCCCGCGCGACACACGCGAGUGGAAGGCGAGGAUGGAAGAGCUUAAAGCACGCCGCUCGCCGUAAGUCAUCCCGGGCGAUGGGCGAGCGAGCGAGAGAGCGAAGUGUCCCCGAAAAUCGUGAAACCCACGCGACAGAGCGCGCAUCACAGUCGAGAAAGAGGAAGAGA